AUGGGCGUUUUUCUCGCAUAUUUUCUCCUGUCCACCCUCCUCCUCACCACGUUCAUCACCUUCGUCAUCGUCCUCCUCGUCCCGGCUCUUCUUGUGGCGAUUUAUCUCCUUGCCCUCAUCUGCUUGUCGCCGGACGACGCGUUCAUCCCGUCGCCCGGCGAGGAGGGGGGAUCGCAUCACCUACGACCAGCACCGCGCCCGCCAAUACAAGAAGAACAGCAGCCACAACAUCGAGAACGAGGACGAUAUGGAGAAUCAGGCGCCGAAGAGCAUCAGCCACUUACGCAACAUACACGACUGGGUCAUCUUCAGCCUGGAGCAGCCGGUGUCGACGGCGUCCGUGAUCUAGGAGACGACAACAAGGCUGUCUUCGCUGGUGAGGAUCAGGUGUCACUUGCAGUACCAUCGAGGGCGGAGGCAUAG